AUGCAUUACAGAAAGAUACCUAUAUAUGUUUUGUGCCUUGCGAUUUUACCGAUUUUUAAUUGUGAUCUUCCACCACCAAUUCUUAAACAUUUGUCGCCUUGUCCAGAGAAGUUUAUUUCAGAUGAUGGCUCGCAAACUUGCAUGUUGCUCCUUGAAAAUACCUCGUAUCCUCCACAAUGUCCUUACAAAGGAAAUGUACCCUUCGAAGUCUACAAGGAUUUAAUCAUACCAUAUUUACCCAUAUGGUUGCCUCUAGAGAAAAACAUCACUAAUUAUGGUUUUGAACCGUUUAAAUGGACUGAAAUUUCGGACUUGUUCGGAACCGAAUUAACGUAUUAUUAUACCUAUGAAGGUUUUUUGAAUGAUAAAAAUUGUGUUAUUUAUACUGGCAAUGAUGCUUUUCAAGCAGUUUCUUGUAAUGAAAAAUAUAACGCUGUAUGUGUUUACAAACAAAUACAUCACAGGCAUUACGAUUAUUGCCAACUCAAAUAUGGCAAUUUAUGUAUAGGUUCUAACUAUAAUUUGGAUGCCAAAUGCGCGUGUAUGUACGGAACUUAUGUCAACGGAAAAUUAUUCGAGUUUUUGCAGCCAUAUCAAAAUUAUAUUUACACCAAGUUACCUCAAGUAUGGAGUCACAUAGGUUUGGAGGUAAAACAUGGCGACGGGUAUUGGAAGCAAUCCAAAAUACCUUUAAACUAUUCAUUUUGGUCAGAAGAUGUCAACUACACUUGUACGUACGGUGCUAUGACACCAAAAGGUUGGAUUUUAUUGGAUAAUGCUACGAAGUUACAUUAUUCCUUGUACAAUCGUGAUAUAGUUUUAUAUGAGCCUACCAUAACCAUAGAAUAUUAUGUUUCUACAGAUCUUACCAUAACAAUCUCUAUAACACACUACAAAGAACUCUACUAUCAAAACGAAUGUUACCCAUUGAUAACAUGCUUCUCUGAUGCAUCACCAUCGAAAAUAUCAUGUAACUUCUUUAAUUCCAUAGCUACACAAAUCGUGCCUGUCACAACAGGAUCAACUUUAACAUAUACAAUCAGAAACAAUGAUAUUUUUACUGGGAACUAUUAUUGUAUGGGUUUUAAGUCCACAGACUUAACACCAGUGUUCAGCAAAAAUAUUCCCUUAUAUAGCAUUGCAAAUACUUGUGAGUUUGUGGGUAUUUUCAACAAAACUUAUCCUGAGGAUGUGAAUCCUUUCACAGAUGCUAGUAAUUUACACAAAACAUUUUUUAAUAUUCUUGAUGGCAAAACCACACCAAGACUUUUUAAAAUAGUAAACAUCGAGGAAAAAGUUAAAGAAAUAACAUUUAACAUGCAUUUCACUGUUAGUAAUGUAAACUGCAUUAAAUAUUAUAUAAAUUACAAAGGUAUACUUGAAGAAAGAACUAAAAAGAUUGAUAUAAAUUUGAUAUCUUCGACAAUGACUGAAUAUUGUUUAGGAAAGAAAUUAAAAAUUAACACUAAUUUGUAUCUAACUGUACCUUCAGCAAAAAUUGGUGCAACUGUUUUGGUGCGCGAAUACUGUUUUCUCAAAUCUGGCAAAAGAAUGCGCAUAACUUGCAAAGAAAAUUUUAUAGAUGGGGCAGACUGGAUUAUUGAUAAUGAUAAUUGCACCAUACUAGAUUCUUCUAAUUACACAAUCCUUCUGGAUAAUAUACUGGAUGAUGAAACUAAUGCAACCUGGGAUGAGGCAGGGAAAGUGAGCCAGUGUUACGAAAGUUUAACAGCUCUGGAUGUGUCUUUGCUUGUUUCUAUAAUAGAGAAAAAAUCUACUGAAUCAGAUGCUAGAUUUGUUUUGGAUAUAAUAGACAACAUUAUGAAAAUAACUGACGGUAUAUUGAACGAGUCACAGGAUUUUUUUAAAUCAACCGAUCGAUUACUACGCGUUAUAAAUAUUGUAACGACUUAUGAGUUUUCCAAACAAAAAUGGACUAAUUUUGCUGUUAUAACUCUUAAAGCUCAAGGUAUAGCAUUGGAUAAAGAUAACAACAUAUACCAAUUAAAUGAUCGUGAUAUAGAGAAAAUAAAACAUAAUCCCUCUAUAAUAACUGGUUUAAUCCUAAGCAAACCACUAUUUGAAAACUUGACCAACACCAAAACAUUGGUGUAUAUUUUCUUUAAAAGCUCCAUAUUUCAAGACGUACAAUCAAAAAUAAUACCAACCAAUACAAUAUAUGGUAUAAAGACAUCCAAACCUCCGGAGUAUCCUUUCAUAAUUUUUAACAAAAACCGCAAAUUGAAUGACAACUGUAUCUCCUAUAAAUUAUCCCCAACAAAUAAACACAAAAGUUUCUGGGAUCUAUAUGGAAAUCAAAAUGACCUAGGUUGCCUUUAUAAAGAAGUGGGUUUCUUUUCUCUGGCGAAUAUACAAAAAUCUGUAACAGAAAGUUUAAAAUAUAUUUAUGAGGAUGAAAGUCUUACAAUACAAGAAAGGUUGGGCAAACUUAAGGAUAUAAUAGAUAACUAUACAGGUUUCACUCCCGAAGACAUUAAUUAUAUAUCGCAAAUUUUGGAGUUGGCUGCUCAUUCAUCUGAGUAUAAUUUAAAACAAACUACAUCAAUAAUAAGUAAUUUGUUGAAUGUUAACCCUGAUGUUCUUAAGAAGUCGCAGACCUAUUAUAACGCUACUGAUAGAAUUUUGUUUUAUACCGACCAAAUAGUGAUUAAACCUGAAACCGAUGAAAUGCAUAGUGAAGAACGUUUUGCUGUGGUAAUCAUAAAACUUAGUGAUACAAAUGUAACUGGAAUAACACUUGAUAACUGCACUAAAUCUUGUAAUAUUAACGUUGUUAAAGAUACUGUUAAAACCUUAGAAAAUAUUGAUGCUGCAGUCAUAUUGAGCGAUGAACUUCUAGAACAACUUUUAAACAAAGAUAAUACGAGCUUUAUACCCAAAUUGGUCAUCACUAUAUAUUACAGCGCGUUCUUAUUCGUUGAUGAUCAUAAAAAAGGUAUUCCUAGUAUUGUUUUUGGCGUUCAGUUGCCUGAUUUUGAGGAUGAUUUCCUUGGUAAUGUAUCAGUAGUAUACAAUAUGACUGAUGUGGUGGAUAAUACUUGUGCCUACUGGGAUUAUAACAUUAAUGAUUACCCAGGUUUUUGGAGAGAAGAGGAGCAAAGAAAAUCCUCGAAUAACUUUUUAGUUUGCGAGUAUCCACAUCUGACAAACUUUGCUAUGCUAUUAGGGAUAAAUAUCGAUGAUAAAUAUCAUUUGCUUGAAAUCUUUACUGAUGUAUGUUGCACUUUAUCAUUAAUGGGAAUAGUGGGAAUAAUGAUGACAGGGUUGUUAUUCAAAAAAUGGAGGACAAAUACUGGAAACCACAUACUACUAAAUUUUGUAACUGCCAUAUCUCUAAAAAUAAUUCUCCUAUACAUCAACAAUAUGUUCUUUAAACAAAAAAAUAUAAACAAAACGAAAUGCAUAGUACUAGGAUCAAUCCUACAUUACUCACUAAUAUCAGAAUUCUGUUGGAUGUUGAUCAUAGCAAUUCUACAGUUUAAGCGUUUCGUUGAAGUUCUUGGAGGUCCCCCAAAGUAUAUUUUAGUCAAAGCAUAUACAAAACAAAUUACACCAAAGGAAAUGCCGGUCUGUGUUAUCCAUCCGGUCUUGGAUUAUAUCUAG